CGGUACCACAAAGUUAUCGAUAAGUCAAUAGAGCAAGUUUUUGAUUUGCUGAUACAACUAUUCAAAGUUACCUGUUUUAAAAAAUUCCUCCUGAGAAGAGGAAACGUAUCGUAAAAUGUUAACUAAUAUUUUUUACUGAAGCAGCAAUACGUUAUAUAUAGGUUGAUUUUUCUACAAAUUGUCAAUGUAAUUCAAUUGAAUUCAAUUCGAUACAACAAAAACAUCUGACCAUACAAUUCUUGCAUGCUUUACAGCAACAAUUUGCACAGCAAAAAAAAAAAAAUUAAAAUAAGCUUUUCAGAUUUGUUAUGAAAAGGAGCGCAGUAGAAAUGGAGCGUCUGACAUAUGAAACUGCCGUGAAAAAAGCGCAGUUGGUUGAACGGAACCCUCAUCCAAAUGGCGUGAAUAUAUUGGAUCCAUUGCGUGUGUCUAUGCAUAAUGAGGAAGACAUCAUUUCACUGGCAACGCAAAUACAAAAUGCGGAUAAGCAGUUGAAAGUUGGAACAUGCCAGAAGCUUUGUGUGAUACUAGAUCAGAUUAAAAUGCUGCAAGCGCAAGCCAUGGAAAUACUAAAGGAGUCCGAAGAGAAUCAAUUAUUGCACAAUGCCGCUUGUAACUUCACAAAGAAACCCGGCCAUGUUUAUCAUCUUUAUCAACGUCAAUCCGGCCAGAGCUAUUUCAGUAUGCUUUCGCCAGAAGAAUGGAGCGGCAGUGUCGAUCAGAAAUAUCUUGGCAGCUACAGAUUAGAAUUUGAUUUAUCAUGGACAUCGUUGGAUAAAAUGAAGGAGCGUGAUGAGAAGAUGAAGUGGGCUGAGAAAUGUUUGGCAACAACCUCAUUAGCUGCAGCUCCAAUACCAAUGGCCAUUGAUUUUGGUAAUGAUAAAUAAACAACUAAGUGCUUUAGAAAAAUUUGGUGUGUAAUAAAAAUUCUAACUCUAAGCUUGAAAAUAAAAGAUAUUGUUAUUGUGAGACGUGUUAUCAUCACAUAAUUUAUUUAAAAGAUAA